AUGACUUAAAAUAGGCAGCUGUGUUCUGUAAUAGGGAAAGGGGCAUUUGCUAAAGUUUGUUUAGGGAUUCAAAUUUUGACUGGAGUAAAAGUGGCAAUGAAGAUAAUUGAUAAAUCAAGUCUAAAAAAUGAUAGUGCUAAAAAAAGAUUGAUGCAGGAAAUAGCUUUAAUGAAACUCUUAUAACCUUAUAAAUGCUGCAUUCGAUUAUACGAAGUUUUUGAAACCAAAAGACAAAUUUAUUUAAUUAUGGAAUAUGUAGAAGGAGGAGACUUAAUAAAAUUUACUAAAGAAAAACCAUUAUCUGAAUAAAUGGCCAAAAAUAUUUUUGGACAAUUAGUAUUAGCACUUUAAAUAUUGCAAAAUCACAAUAUAUUGCAUAGAGAUAUUAAAUUAGACAAUAUACUAUUUUAGGGGGAAUAAAUAAAAUUAUGUGAUUUUGGAGUAAGUAGAUAAAUUGUAAAGGGGUAAAAGAUAUUAGAAUAAUGUGGAACCCCUGCUUAUUUGGCUCCUGAGAUUAUGACUUAAAAGGCUGGAUAUGAGGGAUUUGCAAGUGAUAUUUGGAGCUCAGGAAUUCUUCUGUAUGUUUUAUUGGUUGGUAAAACUCCAUUCAAGGGAAACAAUAUGAAUGAACUAAACUCAUAGAUUUAGAGUGGAUAAUUAAAUUUUAUGGAAAUUAAGAAGGCAAAUCUUUCAAAUGAAGCUGUAGAUUUGAUGAAAUCUAUUUUAAAUAUCAAUCCUAAAUUAAGAUGUACCUUACCUGAAAUUAUGAAGCACACUUGGAUGAAAGAUAUUGAUUUCAAGUAUACAAAAUAGUAAGCAAACUUAAAUUUAGAUUUAAGAAUUAUUUGCUAAAUUGAACAAUAUGGUUAUCAAAGAGAAGUGAUAAUCAAAACUUUAUAAAGCAAGACAAUAAGCCACAUAUCUGCUCUUUAUUGGGCUUAAUAUUAGUGAUAACUUAUAAUUACACAUUGAAACACUUAUGAAUAUAACUAACUAUAA